AUGUCCUCGGCAUCAUCACCCUCUCCCCAGGAGAUAACGUUUCUUCUAGAUGUUCGGCGGGACGUUUGUGACGGACUGAAAGCCGGGCCUUGGUACAAGAGCUAUGGUGGGUUCCCCUUUGAGAGGAGGCCUUACCGCCCCGAAGGGCCCUUGUUCAUAUAUCCAAUGUUUCACGAGCGAAGGUCGUGCCUACUGGAUGAUGACAGCCCAUCCCUGAUGUCCCUGGAGCACCGCUGGGCUCUGGAGCCGGCGCGAAAUGCCUUGGCCAGCUGGCUCAAGUACUCGGAUAACGGAAUCUUUCACAUCUCCGGCAAGCCUCGCUCCGGGAAAACGCAGAUGGUGUAUUAUAUUGCCCACUCGGAGGUCGCCCGCGAGCACCUACAGACGUGGUGCAAGACCAAGCGCCUGACGCAGACGAUAAUUUUCUUCCGGAGGACGGACGGCACGCGGGAGACAUCAUGUGAGUGGAACCUACAAGCAAUGCUUCGGGCCAUCCUCUGGUCCCUCAUCGUCGACAAGCCAGAGCUGGCCCCGCGCCUUUUUCCACGGCAGUGCGAUUCCUAUCCGCGCGGCUUCCAUGACCCUUGUGUUAUUAACGAUGAAGAGGUGCUUCUCGCCUGGGAUAGGCUUGUGACGCUAGAUGACAUCUACACGGACGACAAGUUUGUGCUAUACCUGGAAGGUCUGAGCCACUUCAAGCAAGGUUUUUCCAGGAUGCUGGAUCACCUCAAGCAGUGGGUGUCCGCCCGGCCGCUUGACGUCAAGAUCUGCAUCUCAAGCCGCGGAGAGGCGGAGUUUCAGGAAGGUCUGAAGGCCUAUCCCGGUUUCAUCAUGCAUGAGGUGAGUCAGGCGGAUAUGUUAUGGUACAUCCGCUGGGCACUGUUGCACGAGGACGAGGAUUGGGGGGCCCGAUUUGUCAGAGAUACAUCGCCUCUGGAAAGGAAAGACUUGGAACAACAUUUCCUGGCCAAGGUCAAUGAUAUGACUUCUCGAAGUGCGAUCAAAGGGUUCGUUGAUGAUUGGAUGCAACAGUACGAGCAAGGUACUCUUAAGGAUUAUUUUGACCAACAGCUGCUACGAGAGAGCUACCAAGAUGAUCCGCCAGAGUUGCCCCGGGUCUGA